UUUGAACACAAUACCCCCGGAAGUUUCAAGGUGCGUUUACCCAAUCGACUCGCAUUGGAAGGAUCUGGAUGGAAAGUGGGUCUGGCCAGUAUUACGAUCCCCAACAUGUGUUUUUUACACCAAUUGGAAAAGGAUGGAAUCAGCGAAGACAGCUGGCUCAUGGCCAUUGUAAAUAAAACAGGUAAACAUGGAAGUAACUACAAGUUGAAACGAGCUUUUGUUACCCUGGGUGAUAUGAAAGUCCAUAAGCAUUCUUUUAAAAGUGGAGUUGAUUUUUUUACAAUGAUGAGUUAUGUCCUCCAAGAACGACGAUAUAAUGAACUCGAUGCUGGUUACAGAGUGGAACCUGAAGAUUGGGCACCAUUCAAAUUCAGUCAAGAAGGAGAUGAUUACCAACUACAUCUGGGACAAGAUGGAAAUGAGUCAUCAAAUUCUCUCAUCAUUAACGUCGAUAGUCGUCUCGCCAAAUUGAUGAUGUGGACUACUUAUGACAAAGAUGGAAAUAUUACCCGAUUUCUCAAUCAUCAUCUCAUUCCUCAUUUGAGGAACAAUACAAGAAAAGAUACAACGGAAUUAACUGGCAAUGUCUUGUUCAAAUAUGAUCCGACUUCGAAGUCUAUUCAACUGAGUAGAACAGCACAAUGGCGAUUUACCCAUUUAAAUCGCAUUUUUGAUAAAGUCACCAAACGACACAAACGAACACUUUACGUCUACUCCAACGUGGGGGCAAGCACUAUCGUGGGGGAUCAAGUCGUGUCCUUGUUGCGAGAAGUCGAUUAUGAUCCUCGUCAAGGUCAAAAUGAUCAUUUUCACUUUGAACCCCAUAUGAUCCAAUAUCACGAUGUUCUCAGUUCAGAUAUGGAUAUCCUAGAAGUACAAAUUACCGAAACCGAUAAUACCCUCUUGGAUUUCGGACAAGGAGUGACCACCUUGGUCUUACACUUCAAAAGAGAAUAA